GGCGUCAGGCCCGGCCCCGGGGCGGGAGCGGGGCCCGCCCCGGCGUGAGGGCCGCUGCUGGGCGGAGAGAGGAGAGGAGAGGAGAGGGGAGGCCGCCGUCAUGUUGUGCGGGGGUGCCUCGGCGACCCAGCCCGCCACCAGCGAGACCCAGAAGAUCGCCGACGAGGUGAAGCCUCAGCUAGAAGAAAAGGAAGGGAAAACCUUUGAUGUCUUCACUGCAGUGGAGUUUAAGGCUCAGGUGGUUGCUGGAACAAACUACUUUAUCAAGGUCCAUGUUGGAAACGAUGAGUUUGUGCACCUGCGGGUGUUCAAAAGCCUUCCUCAUGAGAAUAAGCCACUGAGUCUCCAUGGAUACCAGAGCAGCAAGACGAAGCAUGAUGAACUGACUUAUUUCUAGCAAACUUAUGUGUCUUCCUAAUGAUUUCUUAUGUAUAUUUUCUAUAGGCUGCAAAAUGUUGAUUCCUGUUCUAACAAAGAACAAGAAAUAUCUUUUUUUUUUUUUUUUAACAAAACUGGAAAGAAAAUCCAUUUCUCUCAUGCCAUUUUCUUACUGUGCAAUAUCUAAAUGAAUCACAUAGCUCUCCCUUCACCUUUUGCUAAUGCAAACCCAAGUAGCUGCACUGGCUACAGUGCACCUCAACCAGAAUAUUGUGCCUGAGUUGUGUUUGUGGACUUCCCUGGUCUGGAAGUUGCAGGGGAGUGACAUUAGCACUCGUGGAAGGUAGACUUGAACAGAAAUGAUUUUGAAAGCAAGAGAAACAGGAAUACUGUAGUCUUUGGAACAUUCCCUUAAUCAUGUUUAUCCUCUUGCAGCAGCAGAUAAUGUAAUGUCCAGUAGAGGGUGUAUGAGUUUAAAAAAAAAUCGCUUAUUUUCUGAGUCCUAAGAAGAAGUCCUAGAAAGGAAUUUGACCUGUACAAGCAUUUCUGCAUUAAUAACAAUAAAUAUUUCUCUCGAAUUUAGAUGGUAUAUUUCAUUGGCAUUUCUCUGUUUUCUUUACUGCUUUUUCAAUACUGGUUGCUAUCUUGCUCCGUUUUUUUCUGUGAGCCUUUUUCAGAUUCCAAAUGACUAAAUCAUAGAAUCAUUUAAACUGAAAAAGACUUGUAAGAUCAUCUGGUCCAACCUUUAACCUAAUGUUGCCAAUUCCAUCAUUAAACCGUGUCACUAAGCACA